GUGCACCCUACUGUGAUUCAUUUCUUCUUUUUUACGUAAAAAGGGGCGUAGUAAUUUUACGCAGAAGGAGCCGACCAGGCCAGUGAAACAGGCAGUCCCGUGCCGGGUGUCGGAUGGUGCGUAGCAAGCAAGUAUAGGCUAUCCUGUCUGGAAUUAUAUUACUUUCCGACGUUCAUUAUACGAGAAACAUAUAUAUAGGCUACAUUGUGUCGUCGAUAAGUUUUAUGAGCCCUUUCCUUUGGAUUUCCUGUGAUGCCGCGGAGACAGUCGGAUAGAUAAGACAACGGUGUCAUUUGUUACAGUUAGCUUAAAUUAACCAAAGUAGGCUAUUAUAUUUUGCUCAAUUUGCCAACACCACAUUCCAUUCAGUAACUCACUAACUGUAAAAAAAUAAAUAAUGCGACAGGCGUUUUUGAGACAUGUCCGUCGGUUUCCGUGGGUCACCAACGUUACACUGUACGGUUGUCUGUUCGCUGGAGGGGACUUCGUCCACCAGUCGUUCUCGCGAGGGGAACAAAUGGACUGGAGACACACGCGGAACGUCGCCGUGGUCGCGUUCAGUUUCCAUGGUAACUUCAAUUUCUUCUGGAUGCGGUUCCUGGAGAGGAGGUUUCCGGGGAAUUCCGUCCGAAUGGUGAUAAGGAAGCUGCUCCUGGACCAGACCACAGCGGCACCCCUGGCUACCAGUGUCUUCUACACAGGUGUCAGUAUCUUGGAGGGCAAAGACGACAUCUUUGAAGACUGGAGAGAAAAGUUCCUGAAUACAUAUAAGACGGGGCUAAUGUUCUGGCCAUUUAUGCAGUUUCUGAACUUUGCCUUGGUGCCUCUGUACGUGCGGACUGCCUUCACCGGCUGCUGUGCCUUCGUUUGGGCCACCUUCCUUUGCUUCUCGCGUCAGAACGGCGAUGGCACGAUCGGUGCUGCUCUGGCGUGGAUGUUCCCUCCUAAAGAGGAUGAAGCCGAGACGGUGGACUCCAAGGAAAAGAGUGAAUAGGAAACCUACUCCGAUCCAAAGUAUGUAGAAUCAGUGGUUGUGAUGGAGGGCGACAAAACGGAAACGGAAAAAGCAGCGAUCUUUAGUGGAGAUAGCAGGUUCAGUGGAUGGCAGUCCUGUCUGUGGUUGAUGUUGCACUAUCACUGCCAGGGUUUGAGUUCAAAGUCACACAAAAAAAAGUGCGUUCUCAUGAACUCAUGGUGCUUUGAAACAGCAUCCAACAAAUGGAAUGUACGUACAGUAUAUUUUUCAGUAUGCAUACAGCACAUGACCUCAGUGGGAAAAUGUAAUUCAGUCCUACGUUUGAAUCCCACAGUGAACCAUCAUGGUACUAUAUUUGUCAUCAGGUUUUGUUUUUAAUAAAUGCAGUCUUGUGUUCUCACAAACAAGAGAGUUCCCUUAAUGUAUUGGACCGUGCUAAAUGAUAUUGGAAUGAUUCAUGAGGAUUUCUAUGUCUGGAAAGGAACCAUAGAAUUAAAAUGUUAUUGAUUUUAUUUCUGUGAUGGGAACGUGUAAAGUUUGGUGUUCCACACAUUUUUCUGCUUUACAUCUAAAAACUGAACUAAGACUGCUAAGACUUAUAUCUGCAACUGGAACAGAAUGCCUGAUUUCUAAGGACUUUCUGCUUUGGUUCCUGAUUACACUCUGGUACAAGAAGUGCACGUGCACACAGGGACCAAUAAUCCGUUAUAUAUAUACAAUAUAUAAAAAACACCUAAAACCACUAAAACAUAUCCGAAAAUAUAUUUUUCAUCUCAUAUUUUCAACCACUGUUUCUUAAUAUUUAAAUGUUUUGCCAAUGAGAUACUACUGAAGAUUACUCUGAGUUUAUAUAUUAAUGAUUGAUGAAGGUUGUCUGAAACAUCCAUUUACUUGAAUGUGGAAAUGCUGCCUGCCUGCUGUCGUACUUUAUGUUAAUGUGAUACUGUGGAGUGCUCUCUAUUACAUAUCUUAACAAAAUUUACAAUUUUUUCUAAAAUAUUGAUUGCCAUUUAAAAAAAAAAAAUGUCCCUUUUACUGUCAAUGUUACUUUAUAGGUUACCUUGCCUGCAUUUAUUCUUGAACGUCAGAUCCUGCCAAGCAGUUUUCUAUAGAGGUCACUUUUAAAAAUAGCUCGGUAUAAGAGCUGACUGCUAUUCCUAUAUAUAUAAAUAUAAUUUUAAAAAGUUCCAGGCAAACUUCUUUCCUUUUGAUCCCUUUAAAUCAGACAUCUUUUAAAUUGCAUCCUUAAUUAUAGUAACUUAUUAUCAGUAUAGUAUUAGAUUGAUUGAUUCUAAUUAUUAUUUGUAUGCUGAUGUGCUACACUGAAACUCAAAGAUCAAAUCAAUGAAUAUUCCCUUUGUUCCUUCCAGCCGCUGAAGACUGGGUGAUAUUACUCAUUAACUUAUUCAAAGACAAAGUACACUACUUUCUAUUUUUUGAAUGGUUUUGAUAUCACAAAAAACAACUAUUUAAACAGUGUCGUUGACUGUAAUGUUUUGAAAGAAAUGACAUGACAUUUUGUACAGAAGUUACACUGACUGUGGUAGAGAUAAGUAACAUGUAUUGUUGAAUAAAUAAAAACACCACAUUGA